AUGAGAGUAAAACAUGAGACGAGUGUUAAGGACUGUCGCAGAAGCAGGGUUUUAGCAGUAUGCGGACUCCGGGUGUCCAGAGGAGCCAGGGGGUUCUCCACAGACCGAGUGCUGUGUGCCAAAACACGGAGAGACUCAAAGAGAGAGCUGUCAGAGAAGAAACUGACUCGAUAUUUCGUGGACUACCGCCGUGUGAGACUGGUGGCCGGCGCCGGUGGAAAAGGCGCCUGCAGCUUCCACAGUGAACCUCGCAAAGAAUGGGGCGGUCCUGACGGGGGGAACGGAGGAGACGGGGGCAGCAUCAUCAUUAAGGCUGACCGGGUGAUUAAAUCCCUGGCACAGGUCGUUUCCAUUUACCAGGGGCAGAACGGCCAGUCGGGGGGCAGCAAGAACUGUUAUGGUCGCAAUGGCUGUCCAACCUUUAUAAAAGUACCUUUGGGCACCAUAGUAAAGGAGCAGGGCGAAACAAUCGUGGACCUCUCUGACCACGGCCAGGAGUUUGUGGCUGUGUUUGGCGGAACCGGGGGAAAGGGGAACCGUUUUUUCCUGUCCAAUGAGAACCGCGCUCCAAUGACGGCCACUCCAGGAGAGGUCGGCGAAGAACGGAUCCUACAGCUGGAGUUACGCACUAUGGCACAUGCAGGAUUGGUUGGCUUCCCGAACGCUGGUAAAUCGUCUCUACUGAGGGCCAUCUCAAAUGCUAAGCCGGCUGUAGCUGCGUACCCCUUCACCACUCUCCAUCCACAUGUGGGAAUUGUUAAUUAUAGGGAUCACGAGCAAGUAGCAGCUUCUGAUUAUUUGCCGGUGAGACUUAAGCGUCAGAUCCAGAUGAACCAAAUAGCCCAAAACUCGACCAUGACGUUCAGCCUGGUGUCGCAGAACCCCAAAGAGCCACCGAUGGAGUUGAAGACCAUUGAUGGUUCGGUGCACCUUAUGAUGAAUGGAUGCUUCGACUACGAUGACAACCCGCUGACCCCAGGAUGGAGAGCAAAAUAUUAUUUCAUCAGUGGAAAUGAUGAUAAUAACUAUGAAAUUGUGACUGACCCCAAAACAAAUGAGGGAGUUUUAUCGGUUGUAAAGGGGCUUAACUUUGAACGGACAACGAAGACCUCGAUAGUGAUAGGAGUGGAGAAUGAGGAGAAGCUGUUUCACUGUAAACAUAAUAAAGCCCCGCCUCCGAAGCACAGCACCGCCAACAUCAGCCUCACGGUCAUUGAUACAAACGAUCCACCAACUUUUGACAAAAAGGAGACGAGAGUGUAUCAAAAGGAAGAAGAUCCACCGCGAAAAGUGCUGUUCACUCCCGUAGUUCAUGACAUCGACUCGGACGUGAAGAAUAUCAGGUUUAAAAUCCUCGAUGAUCCUGCGAAUUGGAUGAAAAUAGAUGAAGUGACGGGGAAAGUAUCAACUGUAAAGAAAAUGGACAAAGAAUCGCACCACGUGAACAAGGACGGUAUAUAUACAGUCUUAGUCGGUGCUGUUGAUGAUGGCAAGCCUCCAGCCACUGGCACGGGCACGCUCUACGUUUACCUUAAAGAUAUCAACGACAACGCACCUACACUGGUCAACGCAACUAUGACUUUCUGCUCACACGAGUACAAUAUCCCCGUGAAGGUCCAAGACCUGAAUGCUGUCCCAUUCAGUGGCCCAUUCUCUUUUGCUGUUGCAAAUGAAAAACUGAGCGAAGUCUGGGAACUGGAACCAAAAUCAGGCCCCGAAAGCAAGCUCAAAUUGAAGACUGAAAACCUUGCUUAUGGGAAUUACUCAUUGCCACUGAUUAUUGAGGAUCAACAAAACUUCAAAAGUGAGCAGACGAUGGUUGUGGAGUAUUGCGAAUGUGAUGAAACGAACACUUGCAUCAAACAAUCUCGGAAAGUGAAUCUGGGGGGAGCGGCCAUUGGACUGAUCCUUGCGUCACUUCUGCUGUUCUUGUUGCUGCUGUUAAUAUUUAAGUGCACUUCUAAAAAGAAGUUCCACAAGCUCUCGGACUUGGGGAGGGAUGAGGGGAACCAGACUCUCAUUCAGUAUAAUCAAGAAGGUGGCAGCUCAGACUGCAAGGCUGAACCCUCCACAUCUCUGACCACGAAGACCACUACGACAAACAACAUCACUAUGACGGAUGGCCAACAGACCCUUCAGCCGGCGAUGCCGCUCUAUACAAGUGAAGAAAUUUACAACAUGCACCACUCUAGUUACAAAGUAUGUGUUUGA